AUGGAUACUAUACAAAUCAAUAAUAUAUCAGUGACUACAAACGAAAAUGUUUUUACAUCGUGCCCUGAUAUAAUCGAACAAGAGCAAUUUUGUCAUAGUCUUGCUAGUCAAAUGACGACAAAGUUACCUGCAUUCUGUCAAGAUUCACUUGAUCAAGUUUUAAUGAAUUCUUUAUAUAAUUUGACAAAUCCUCGACCAUUAGCAUUAUACAUAUAUGAUGAUCAAAGUCCAGCUACACAAAUCUUUAAUACACUUGUUUUAUGUUCUGAAUCAUUAAAUGCUUAUCUUGCUGAAAAUUUUGUUUUAUGGGCAUGGAGUUUAACACAAAAAAAUUAUUAUGAACUUUUGACAACACUUGCAACACAUGUAGGUGAAGAAAUAGCAACAGUAAUUCAUUCAUCACCGACUGAACUUUAUCCAUUGCUCGUCUGUCUGAUAUUCAAUCAAGGUGAAAUAAAAAUUGAAUGUAUUAUUCAGGGUAUCAUGUCAGACAGCGAAGUAUUUGGUCAUCUCAUUCAAGUUCGAGAUACAUUUAGUGAUCAAUUUCAUUUGCCAGAUACAACUGGUUUAAGUUUGACAAGUAUUCAAACGGAAAAUUGGUCAAUACCGGCAAGUACUUUGACACAAGUAUCGUUAGAAUCAAAUGAAUUUCGAAGAGUUGCUGUUGACUUUAAUGAAGAAGCAUCAUCGAUUGUUCGUAUUGAUCGAAUUGAAAAUACAGUAUGGUUAAUGCAGUAUCUGAAUCAGAAAAGGAUAGUUGAUGCUCGACUUGGACAUAAUGAUACGGAAAAACUAUUAUUUCAUGGUUGUCAAUAUGCAGCAGCUGAACAGAUUCUUCAACAAGCAUUUGACCAUAAUCGCAUCGGAAGACAUGGUGCUUCUUAUGGUCAGGGAUUUUAUUUUUCAACAAGACGAGAUCUUAGUGAUCGAUAUGCUAUGCCAAAUCCUUCUACAGGUGAAAAAAGAAUACUUAUGUGUCGUGUAUUGGUUGGUCGAAGUUGUAAAGGUGAUCCGACAAUGACAACAUGCCCGUCAAAUUAUGAUUCAACAACAGGCAGAUCGGGCAUUUAUGUUGUUUAUUCUAAUCGACAUAUCUUACCAGAAUAUCUUAUUACAUACAAAAAAAACUUGUAA